UACAUUCCUUUGUCGCCCACAGGCUUAGUCACCUCAGCCUCAGCCUGCAGAAGCAUUGCGCACUAACAAGGAGUGAACUCUACAGGCAUUCUGAGAUUAGGAGAUGACUGACUACAGAGCUUUUCUGUCAUUAAUAGGUCUUCACCUGCUGCAAAGUGUCUGCAGUACAACUCCGUCUCCAGCAUGUGGCCCAGGACAAUUGCAGUGUACAACAGCAGAUAACCUUCCAGUCACAGCUUCUUCAUUUGAGACACCUCGUGUGGAACGAGUACAAACAGAAAGAUGUGGCACAGAACUGGAUGCAUUUUGCUUUCAUGGAGAGUGCAUGUUUCUUCUGGACCUAAAUAUACACACUUGUAGGUGUGAUGCUGGCUUUACUGGUGAAAGAUGCGCUCAUUCAGAACUUGUCUUCCAGCCAAUGAGUAAAGGAUAUAUUCUUUUGACUGUCGUGUGUACAGUUUUAUUUUUGACAGCUCUGGCGAUUACAUUUUACUUCUUCUACAAAUGGUUUAAAAAGAAUAAAUGCACCUCAACAGAGAAAAAGUAUCAAGAAAUUCAACUUGCAUGAAGUACUGUAUUUAUAUCUAACAUGAAAUGGAAACACAACCAGCUUUGUAUGCAUCAAUCUUGAAAAGAGUCUUCUGUGAGACUUAAUGCUCAACAAAUGCCAUCUGAAACCCUGGAAUGUUCAACUUACAUUUGUGGCCUACUUCCACAAUACAUAUCAAGAUUGUCUUUAAAAAAUCCCCUUUAAAGUGUUAUAAAAACAAACUGCAAAAAAAAAAAGACAUUUCACUAACAAAAAAGUCAAACUAGUUCAAUUAAAUAUAAAUGGACCAUUGUUUCUCCAAACAACAUGAAUAUUACCUGAAAAGUUACUUAAUGACUGUAUAAAGAAGUUGUUUUUUGCAAGACAGCUGUUUCUGUUGCUGCUGCUUCUUUGUGCAACACAUGGUUUUAUUUUAUUUACUCAAAUUUAUGAAGAUAAUAAGUACUUACUUAUCUCAUAAACAUGGGUUAAAUAAUUGUUUAACUUUUUGUACUACAUUACUGAUAUUUAUUGUUACAGUUGUACUGCUGUCAUAGUUACCAUUCCACUUAUAUAAUUAACCUAAUAUAGGUAUCACAUGUGCACUUAUUACCUUUUAUUCCAUUACAGGUUAGGCUCCAAUUACACUCCUGCAAAAAAGGACAUAUACUGUUUUAAUAUUAUUGUCCCUCAGUUGACUCCAGAUAUAAAUACAGUAGCAGCCCAAGAAGAUAUCUGUUUGGCUGUGGCAUGACACUGCAGUUUUGUAAGACACAUUUAGGCCACAGGUUUGCUACAGUAAAAUUGCAAUAGAGACUCAUGUUUUUAAGCCAUAAGAGUCAUCUCUGCAAGCACACCUCAAUCCUAACCUAAACGUCCUCAGCCAUUCAGUCUGUGGUGAGUCAGACUGCUUGAUGAUUUGUUUGGUUAAUGCUGCCGAAUAAGCCACACAGGCCUGAAUUAAAUCAAAGUUUAUGGUGCCUCCUUGCCUAUACACGUACUUUCUAAUGGCUUUGGUGCCCCAAUAAUUUUAGCCAGGCCAGGGUGAUGUUUACUGACAAGUUGCAUUAUUUGAGGAAAAAAUAGAUUGAACAGCAGACAGAUGACUCAUUCUGUGCAUCCCUGUUCUGGUGAGCCAGUUACCGUAUUUUAAAUAUGUAUUAUAUAUCUAUAUGUAUAGCCUGUUUAAAAUUAAACAUAUAUAUAUAUAUAAUAUAAAUUCUAACAUAUAUUAUUUAAUAGAUGUAUAUUGUAUCAAAACAUGAGUCUCACAGUAUUACAGUACAUUAUUUAACAACAAAUCUGAACUAAAAUACCUGUAAUGCAAUUUUAGUUACCAAAUAAAUAUUAGUAUUGCAUUGUUGUUAUAUUUAAAAGUGAUAUUUACCCACUAUGUGGAUUGUCCCAAUUAUUAACAAGUUAUUUAAGUUUUAAUUGUUACGGAAACCUAGGCUGGGACCAAAUCAAAACAUUAACAACCUGCUAAUCGCACUUAACAAAACUGUAUUUAAUAGUGUUUUCUUUUUUUGUAAGUAUCUUAUUUCUUCUACUCAUAAAAAGAAAAUGCUAUUAAAUACAGUUUUGUUAAGUGUGAUUAGUGGGUUGUCAAAGUUUUGAUUUGGUCCGGGCCCUAGUAUAAAAAAAGUCUUGAAGCUGUUGUCUGUUUUUGUUGCUUUUUAUAACAUCAAAUAUGUUUCUCUUCCUUCUAUAUUUAAUGUAGGAUUGCAUUCUUUCUGUAUCUUUAUAAAAAAAAAAAUGUAUUAUUUUUUGUCCAUUGGAGGGCAGCAUCUUCUGUACUAAGGGUAAUUUUUGUCUGCUUAGUUAAAGGUUGUAUACUGUACUUCACUCCAGACCACCAAGAACAGCUCUUCCAAUCUACCGGUAUAAUAAAGAAUGCAUGGAUGAAUUUCUGUAUAGAAAAAUGAAACUGUUACAUUUUUUAUUUCUUCAACUGCAUUGUUCAAACUCUCAGAUACAGGAGAGCAUAUAUUGUUACGCAAUGCUCUAAACGUUUUUUUUCAGUGAGAUUGUGGCCUUUGUAAAUGAGCAUUUGGUUUUUCCAGUGAAUACAUUUUGAAAUAAAUACAUGUGGCAAUUUGUCA